UUGUUUCUUUGCCAGACAGAGACUGAAGAUUGAUGAUGAUUGGUGAUCCCAGAACCACAGCUAAAAACCCUUCUCCAUCGACUCGUUUACUAAUAUCGCUCCUCUUUCUCUUCCCCGAAGGUGGAGAACGGCGACCAGCUGGAGACCAUCACGAUGUCGCCCGGAAUGCACCAGAUGAUGAUCCAGGGCGGCCCUGGCCAGGAGCCCCAGCUGGUGCAGGUGGUCAGCCUGAAGGACGCCACGCUGCUCAGCAAGGCCAUGGAGGCCAUCAACUCCGGCAACGUCAAGUCCGAGGACACGAUCAUCAUGGAGCAAUAGCUGGAGCCCAUAGACGGCAUGAUCUCGCCCGGCUUGAGCGAGUGACGUGCCGUGUUCCCUGGGGUCCGCAGCUCCAGCUCCCCUGGCUAACCUUUGACCUUUGACCUUCGAUCGACGACUACACUACCCAUCCCGCACUAAAGGGUUCCUAGGGGUCUGCCCAGCCACGAGGAUGUUUUCCAAGUACCUGAAAGGUGUUGCUAACGAAGGGCGCUAAGAAGGGCAUCGAGAACCCCUUGGACUUGUCUGUUCAACCAUCACGAUUUACGAAUACCCAUUAACCAUUAACGAUCAGCGAUCGAGCAUCUAGUCACCGCAUGUCUAGUCGAGAGAGUCGUGGUCUGUAUAAAGCGAUCAAUCAGUCUAGUCUUCGCAUAGAAAAUUAUCUCUAAUUACUCUUAAAAACCUAUCCUACCCCUAACACUUUUUUUUGAGUGCUGUUCUAAAGUGUUUUUUUUUUUUUUUUUUUUUUGGCUCUAUAAAUAGUUCAAUUCUGGGCUGGAUACUCAUAGCUAUAAUAUCGUAACAUACAUAUGCCUACGUCUAAGCAUCAUAAGCGUUACUUGUACGUACAACUCUAUAUAUAUGCAUACUCGUAUAUAUAUAUAUAUAUAUUUAUGUGGUAUAUAUACUCGUGUAACGUUUGCAAUAAUUAUCCAAUUGAAUUCUUAACGAAACGAGAGAGAAGAGAUUACAAAUUAAUUAUACAAUUUAGGACAACUGAUGACGAAACCCAUGCAAUGUAAACAGAGAGCAUCACUUUAAACUUAAUUAAAUUACCUAAUUACUAACGAUAACGAAACCUAUACAUAAUUAUCGAAUAAACCGAAAAGUGUACGACAAA